AUGCACGUCAACAAAAGGAUCGGCCGAUUCAAACAAUGGGCCGGAGAGCGCAUGGGUGGAGAGGCCAAGACCUGUCUCUCAGAUGAUUUCAAGGCAAUGGAGACGGAGAUGGGUGUGCGACAGGAAGGCGUUGACCGCAUUCAUAAAUCCAUGACCUCUUAUGUGAAGGCUCUCUCGAAGCGCAAUGAAGGAGACGAUAAAGAGAAGACCCUGCCGAUUGCCCAUUUAGGAGGCAGCAUGGUGGCCCACGGCGAAGACUACGAUGGGCACUCGGAAUACGGACAAUGUCUAAUCAUGUUCGGGCGCACUGAGGAGCGCAUUGCGCGUAUCCAAGAAAGCUAUAUCGCGCAGGCGACCUCGAGCUGGCUCGAGUCUCUGGAACGAUCUUUGACUCAGAUGAAAGACUUGCAGCAUGCGCGCAAGAAGCUCGACAGCCGACGACUGGCAUACGAUACUUCUCUUUCAAAGAUGGAGAAGGCCAAGAGGGAGGAUUUCCGUGUGGAGGAGGAGCUGCGCUCCCAAAAAGUCAAGUAUGAAGAAGCCAGCGACGAUGUGUUGCGUCGCAUGCAGGAUAUCAAAGAAGCCGAGACCGACAACGUUAUGGACAUGCAGGCGUUCUUGGAUGCCCAACUUGAAUACCAUGAACGGUCUCGUGAGGCUCUUCUGCAGCUCAAGAAUGAAUGGGCUGGGCCCAGUCAAGCACAGGCACCUCCCCGUCGUCCGAUCCGUCCUCGUUCCAACACCGCCCAUUCGUACCAGGAGCGCUAUGAACCAUUGCAGGAAGAGUUGAUGAACGCCACGGAAACUCGACCUUCCAUCCGAUCCACUAGAACUUUGACGCCGUACGAGUCGCCCCCGAAAGACAGCUACGUGAAUACCAAUGGGGUGUCACGUCCGGUUCUUAACAGAGUUCCCACCUUUGAAGGACCUGCUCAGCUGCGACAAGAACAAGCCCCAGUUGCAUCGCAGUGGAUACAGCAGCGAACUGCCAGCGAGAAUAUGGGCGCGUUUGGACGUCGAAGCAGCACUCAAGUUGGCAGCGGUCGCAUCUCGGCUGAUCCUUACGCAGACUCGGAGGAAGUCAGCUCAUAUGGCCGUUCGAGCCCCGAGCGGAUGUUUGGGGGUGGCAGAUCGAUAUCUCCCGCAACAUCCCACGGCAGCGUGCCAUCCCGCAGACCCAGCACAAACAACCUGAACAGUCUUGGAUCGAAGAAGGCUCCUCCACCUCCUCCCCCUUCUCGUGCAAAGAAGCCCCCUCCACCUCCUCCGGUCAAGCGGUCUCUUCUCGCUGCACCAAAUGCGCUGUUGUCAGUCCUUUGCUCUGAGCACCCAGAUUUCCCCGAGCCUGUCGCGCAACUCCGUCCCCUCCCCAUCUCCAUUUUCAUCCAUCCACUUUUUGAACGCGCCAUCCCAACGCGCUUUCACCUUUGGAGUUCCCUCCCCACCUUGUUUUACCCUGGGAACUCGCCUUUUUACUCGCUUUCUUUGACUCCCUUGUCCCUGAAAGUACCCGCUCUCCACAUCGCAUCGCCGGAAGCUCCGACCACGGGCCCAAACAUCACGCUUUCCAUCGCCAAGCAUCCUAUCCCGUCGCCCACUGGUCGCAUUCACGGCAAGCAAGCUCACCCAUACGGUCGCCGCCCCUCUAUUUCGACCGCGACUGCCCUCUCUCUUGCCGGCGCGACCUCGCAAUUGAGGACCAAGUGGAGACCGUGA